AAUUUUCGUAUUCUAGCUGUUGUAGUUUUGUGGAGAAUGAAAAUGUGAAUAGUGAUUAGUGAAUACUGAAACACUGAAUCCGGUAAAUUGUGGUAUAAUGGCGUAUCGCGGAUAUCGGAAGCAGCUCCACUUGAGUCAUCAUAUGACUAAAACCAGUCAUCGAUUGACGCAUUCUUCGGAUUGUUAAUCUGGAUUCUGGUUAUCUUUGACGUUUUUUCGGAUACCGAAUGUCGUGUCAGUUCGCCUAAUUCCAAUAAUUCAAUUUAACGAUAUUGCAUAAUAUAUUGAAAUCACAAAAAACAGCUUUAUAAAGAUACAUAUAACAUAGGAAGUAACUAUAAAAAAUGCUAACUACUGAGUAACGAAGUGUUGGGUUGCAUAAAUAAUUUAUUAAAUUUAAUGGUUCGCUAAAAAUUGAAUGGACCAAUCAUGGGCCACUAAAUCUUGUUUAAGGGACCGUUAGCUCACUAUUGAUUCAUUAAAUGUUUUGUGGCUUUGUGCAAUUGUGCAAUCAAGAAUUGUCUUCAACGUGCUGAGCAGUUUUCUACUCAAUUAAUUAAUAUUUAGUAUUUACUAUCCGUUAGGUACCUAAUAUCUUAGUGUGUAGGUGUUCAAUAUUGAUUUGUGCUAACAUAUUCUGGUAUAGUAUUUGUCUAAUCAUCUACUAGUAACUAGCUACUACUAGUUAUCUUUACACCAUGGACAGAAUAAAAGAGUUGUUGUACAAGAUGUCUGAUGUACCCUCAUCCCCUUGUGAGGAAUGCUAUGAUGCCGAGUGAGAUUCUCUGAAAAAAAAAGCCUUUUAAAUUCCAUCUUCACAAUGACAUCAAUGGAAUAUACAUUCAAACAUUUAGUGUUUGACAUACACCCUAAAAACCCUCCAGAUUGGGACCGUCCUCUUUGUGUAAUUGAUCAGGGAAUUGCGUGUAAUGAUGACUACUUGUUUAAAUACAAUCGCUAUCGAAAGCAUAAGUCUGAGGAACUUGCUAAUGAGACCCUGAAAAAAUAUAAUUUUAUUGCUGAUCGUUGGGAAACAAUAAAAUGUAAGGAUUUGCCGACAUGUUUUAAGUUAACUUCAAUUUUGCUGUCUGGAAAUUUAAUUAUUAUUCAUGGUGGAAAAGACUUUGAGCACAUUAAUGAAUACUCUUUUCAACUUUUCAUCGGAAAUUUAUCAAAAAAAAAUCAAGACAACUGUGUAGAAUUUGAAGAGAUUUGUUCUACAGAUGGAAUACCAAUUACUGAAUAUGGUCAACCAGUUCAUAUUGAUGGAAAAUUUAUAUACUCUCUCAAUGGAACAUCAGAACAUAAAAAUGAAAUGGAUGUUUACAGGCUUGAUUUGUGUACUAAAAAAUGGCAAUUAUUAUGUCAAGCUCGCGGUCAACACCCAAGAACUGACGAAAGUCUUAGACGUGAAGUGGCAUAUUAUGACAACCAUUUGUAUAUGUUUGGUGGUGCUCAUGUGAUGAUUUUACUAAAAAUUAUGUUUCUAGACACAUUUGAAGAAAUACAAGUGUUUGACAUAUUAACUAAUAAAUGGCAAUAUUUUAAAACUUUGCCUGAUCUUCAGAAUUCAUCAUCAACUUAUCCUGCAGAUCGUUGUUAUUAUGGAUGGGCACAAUGUGUGACCCAACCAGAAUAUGUAUAUAUGAGUGGUGGUUCUGAUAAUUACAACUUUUUCUCAGAUAUUUGGCGACUGAAUCUUAUUACUCUUCAGUGGUGUAAUCUUAUGCCAUGUAAGCUACCAAAAUCCAUGUUUCUGCAUUCAUCUACAGUUGUACCAUCAGGUCGCAUUUACUACUAUAAUGGAAUAGUUAGUACUGAUUCAAUUGAUAUACAUCAGAAAGAUGACAUACUGUGUGCAUGGGUUAGAAUCCCAAAAUUAAAGGCCAUGUCUUGGGAUGCCAUUUUAUACUAUUUUAAAAAUCAAAUGUUAAAGUCUUCUCUAGAAGACUUAAAGAAUUUGGGGUUACCAUCAGAGUAUUAUGAGAGCAUAAUUAAAGCCAAAACUUUAGUAUAAAAUAUAAAUACAAUGUAUACUUAAAAUAUUUUAUUCAUUUUCAUCCUAUUUUAAAUGUAAAUAUAUAAUUUAAUAUUAACUUAUUGCUUUAGACAUUAAUAUCCAAAUAUUAUAUAUAUGAAGUAUAUAUUUAUUUUGUGUAUGUUACUAAUUGUGUACUAUUGUGUCAAAUUAAAUAUUUGCAUUCAUCAUA